UGCCUUAACUGACAACAUUUCAGCAGGCUACCCGUUGCUAACGGAAUAGGGAAUGUGUCCUGUUAAAUGCCAAAUGCAUUCUCUAUGGUACAGAACACGAAGGUGAUCAUAUAUGGCGCGUCGCGAAAAGCAGUCUCUGCGCACUGCUGAUUUUCUUGGAGAAACUAAAGACGGUACCUUAAUUUGAAAGACUUGGCUAUAUUCCGUCCACUAUUUAUACGCCACAUACAGUGCUAGUCUCCAGUCACAAGUCGUCAUCAGAUGUAACGAUAUGCGGGUGGACGUGUCCAUGUGGAGUGAGCCUGACUCCUGCUGAGGACCGCGGCAGACUUCCUCCCUCAUCGACUGAGCCAGAGGCAGAGUGUCCCAGGGAGAGGCUGUGAUCGAACAGAUCCCCCCCCCCCCCCCCUCUCUGCCCCGACCCGCCCCUCCUCGUCCUCUACCCAUCCAGCAGUCCUCCUCCAAUGUCCCAGAAGAAGAGCGUGCCUAGCCUUGGGAGGAGACUGCUGACCGUCGCCUCAAGCGUCCCGCACGCCAGCCGCCCUCCAGUAGCGCCCCUCGGUCACUUCUUGCUCUGACCCCUUCACCCCCCCCCCCUCCCCCCACCUCCCCCCUCCUCCCACUCUGAGGUCUGCUGACCAUGAAGGAGGUGGGCCAGUGGUCGGCGGUGGAUGUGCUUGACUGGCUGAUGGAGGAGGGCAUGCAAGAGUACUCGGAGGCCUUCCAGCAGCUGGACGGUCCGGGCCUCCUGCGGCUCUCCGAGCAGGACUUCCGGGGCCCGCCGCUGUCGCUGGUCUCGGGCGACGGCGGCCGGCAGCUGCUGGAGCGCCUGGAGACGCUGCGCGUGGCCCACCUCAUGGAGGUCAACAAAGGUCAGCACCAGCACCACCACCACGCCAACGGACACGUGCUCGGCAACGGCACCGCCAAGCCGCACCACAACGGCGUGCCCAAGAAGAACGGCUUCCACCGCUCGGAGCAGGUGCACGUCCAGAUCCCCGUGCCGCCGCCGGAGCCCGAGCACUUCCCGGCCGAGUGGAGCAAGACGGGCGCCGCCUUCCUGUACGCCGUCUGCUGCUUCCUGACCACCAGCGUGGUCAUCUCCGUGGUGCACGAGCGCGUGCCGCCCAAGGAGGAGACGCCGCCGCUGCCCGACAAGUUCUUCGACCUGUUUGACCGCGUGGAGUGGGCCUUCUCCAUCUGCGAGGUCAACGGCAUGCUGCUGGUGGCCCUCUGGCUUAUGCAGUGGGUCCUGCUCAAACACAGGUCCAUCGUGGGCCGGCGGUUCUUCUUCAUUGUGGGCACGCUGUACCUGUACAGGUGUGUCACCAUGUACAUCACCACCCUCCCAGUGCCUGGCAUGCACUUCCGCUGCUCGCCCAAGCUCUCUGGCAGGUGGGAGGCUCAGCUCCACAGGAUAAUGAAGAUGAUUGCUGGUGGAGGGCUCACCAUCACCGGAUCCCACUCCAUGUGUGGAGAUUACCUGUACAGUGGCCACACUGUGAUGCUCACACUGACUUAUCUCUUCAUUAAAGAGUACUCUCCAAAGAGGUUCUGGGUGCUUCACUGGGUCUGCUGGACCCUGAGUGUGGUGGGGGUCUUCUGCAUCCUCCUGGCCCAUGACCACUACACCGUGGACGUGGUGGUGGCCUACUUCAUCACCACACGUCUCUUCUGGUGGUAUCACACGCUGGCCAAUCAGCCGGUCCUAAAAGAGAGCUCCCAAGGAAACCUCUUCUCCCGCGUCUGGUGGUACCGCCUGUUCCAGUAUUUUGAGCACAACGUCCAAGGGCCCGUCCCGAAGAGCUACCAGCUACCAUUGUCUUGGCGCAUGUUACCAUGGACACGGGUGAAAUACAGCAGACUGGACUCCCAGUGACCCAGGCCGAUUGAUGAGAGUGGAACUGUGUGGGACUCAACAGUGCGGGAGGCCAUAGAAAAAUUCUCAUCAUCAGACUACGUGCAGAAUGGCUCAGCACUGUGGCCCAUUGUUAUUUUUACGGAUGGCCGUACUUUGUAUUUGAAUUAUUGAAAGACACUGUAAUUUACUGAACUGACAUGGAUAUCGUAACCAGUACAUAAGAUGACUGGAGUUGAAAAGCCUCAACCUGCUCUGCUUCAGAGUGUAGCUUUAGCAUUUCAGUUUUUUUCAGUUAUUUUUUUGGGCUGAUAAAACUUAAACAUUUCAUAAGUAUAUCCUUCCAACUUUGAUUCUGUGCUUAGAAUCAUGGUUGUACCCAUUUCAGUAAAGGAGAGAGUAGAAUUAUAUAACUUGUAAAACUGUUAAACAGUAUCAAGCUCUUAUAGAAGCAGAUUUUUGUUUUGUUUUUAUACAUCUGUAGAAAUCUCCCCUUUUGUACAUACAAAUGUGGCAAGGGUGCAAAACAGUACUUUCUCUAUAUUUCACAGUUCUAUUUUUCAAAACAAUGUUUUAGAAAAUCUUUUUUUAGAUUUCUACCUUUUAAUAAUGUGUGCUGAAUGCUGGAUAAUCUUAAACAUAUGUGUUUAGUGUUCAAUCAGUGCCUUUAUAAUCAUGAUUGUAAUGUGUCUGUGUAAGUUGACACAAAUGGCUAUGUGUGUUUGUGUGUGUGUGUGUGUGUGUGUGUGUGUGUGUAUGUAUGUGUGUGUGUGCGUGCGUUUCAAGGAGGUAUUUUGUGUGCACAUGUGUAUUUGUCAUUACUUUAGGGUUAACUUCGCAGAGAGAACAUAAUUUUGCCAGCCCUCUUGCCAAACUAGCAUAGUGUUUAGUUUUGUGCCCAUACAUGAAAGGUGUAUUAAUAGGGCUCUCUCAUAUUGUUCCCACACACACACACACACACACACACACACACACACACACACACACACACACACACACACGCACACGCACACACACGCACACACACACACAAACACACAAACAAUUUGCCUGAAAAAUAAUGGGAGACUAGAUAGAAUGUCCUAACCGCUGCAUUGAUUUGCAGUUGCACCCACCAAGCCCAUGGGCAUGUCCAUUUGUUUGGCUGGACAUCCAGUUUACACGCUGAGAGCUCUGUGAUUCGCCUCCCCCGUACAGAAGUGACUGCCAACAACAGCCAGCAUUGCAAUCCAAACAUUGUGGAUUCAGUGGCUCUUAGAGACUUUGGACUUUGGAUUGUUGUUUGUAUUACACUAACCAACACAGCACAACACUCCUGCUUGUGAAGACUGUUGGGCUUAGUAACGGGCCCCUAGUUACGGCCAGUACCAGCCUAUAGCCACCCCUCCUGCUAGCAUACAGUUUUUUUCCCCCCACAGGAUAUAGAGAAUGAUUCACAUUCUGUCUGGUUUGUUUGUUGUGGAAGUUCUUUGUCCCUAAUUUAAGCUGUCUGCAACUUAUCAAGUGGUUAUGGAGCCAGACUGAAAUAAUUUAUUUCAUUGUUUUGUUUAUUCCGUUAUUCUUUUCAUCAUGUGUCCCCUUUAGCAACAAGACAAAAAAAACAAAAAACAAAGAUGAAUGACAAACACUGACUGAACUGGACAUGUACAGACCUGUGACUGCAAGUAUGCUGUUUCUCCAUGAAUGUAAUUGCUUUGGCUUUGGCAGAUGCACCGUACUCAGAGCAUAGUAAUGUUCUGAUGGAACCUCUUCUUGGAAAAUGAAACACCUCUAUCUUGGUGACUGACAAAAUAUUCUUGCCUUGUGUUUUUGAAUGGGCCAUAUUUUAAAGGAUUUAACUAUGAUCUAAUGAUUAUGGCUGAACUCAACUUGAAGUGGACUCUUUGUAUUCAUGACCUGAUCCACAUUAAUCUAUGAAAUCUGGCAAUUCAUUUUUAAUGGAUGAGAGCAUGCUAGCUGACAAGUGAUUUGAUAUAAGAAAACUCAAAUAGGCUUGGUCAAUAUAGCCACAUUUAUCCCAUGUAACCAGCCCUCAAAAUAAGGAUAGAAUUUGGUUGUCAAGACCUGUUGAAUUGUGUUGUUAUUGUUCUUUUCAAUAACAGCUCCAAUAUUGCAUGUAGGGAGGCUGCAGCCAGAACAAGACAGAAAGUUGAACAUAUUUUUCCCCCUCCAGUCACCUGUGUUGGGGAUAAAAAAAAAAUGGUUGUAAAGGGAAAACAAAUCGUUCCUAUUAUAAUAUGCAAGUUGUCGUAACGACUUGCAUGCCCAAGUAGUUUAAAAUGAUUGCUAACCUGGAAAAAAGCACUAUGUAUCUCCAAAGGAAGUCUGACACAUUUCACAUAGUUCUGAAUGUCUGUACUGUAUGUAUGUAUGUAUGAACUGUAUUGAUGAAUGUGACGGCUUAUCCCAGGCCUCUUGUUCCCAAACACAAAUUUUAUUUGUAAAGAAUUGUUGGGAGAGUUUGACUUAAGACUGUUUACCAUCGCAAAAAUAUCUUUCAUGUUCAUAAGCUUAUGUGGCCAUAUUAAAAGAAAAUCAGGCAUUAGGGGUUUAUAGUUCCUCGAUUGUAUGUUGUCAUGGUUGAGCCAUUUCAGUUUCGUGUGUAGUAUGCUGUUCAUUGUUUAAUUAUUACUUAACAUGUGCUGUCACAGCAAACAUUUUGGGGGGUAAUGCAGUCUCCUUGGUUGCCAAUCAUGAUUUCUCUGUCAUUCAGUAGCCGUUAAGUAAUUUUAUGUGUUUGUAUUACAGGUGAAUCAACAGUCUGAUUAAAUGCAUACUUUCUGUUUCUCUAUGUGUCUGUAUGACUGUGAUGUUUCUAUAAUGUGGUGGUGGUGAUGAGAGAAGAGUGGAAAUAAAUGGUUGUACUCCU